GUACAGAGCGUUUCCUCAUGUAUCAUCUUCAUUCCAUGGACUGACUUGUUUGUUGUCGACCAAGAUGGAGUUCCUUUUGGGAAAUCCUUUCAGUACUCCGGCUGGACAUUGCAUUGAAAGGGCUACAGAUGGAUCCCUGCAAAGUGAAGACUGGACCCUUAACAUGGAAAUUUGUGACAUUAUAAACGAAACGGAGGACGGACCAAAGGAUGCUAUUCGGGCAGUAAAGAAGAGGCUAAAUGGCAACAAGAACUACAGAGAAGUGAUGCUGACUUUAACAGUUUUGGAGACGUGUGUGAAGAACUGUGGCCAUCGCUUCCAUGCGUUGGUGACAAGCCGGGAUUUUGUCGAUGGUGUUCUUGUCAAGAUUAUCUCCCCAAAGAACAAUCCACCCACAAUAGUUCAAGAUAAAGUACUUGCCCUGAUUCAGGCCUGGGCUGAUGCAUUCAGGAGCAGUCCCGACCUCACAGGUGUGGUGCAGAUUUAUGAGGAGAUGAAGAGGAAAGGCAUUGAGUUCCCCAAUUCAGAGAUGGAGACUCUGUCCCCCAUUCACACACCUCAGAGGGUAGCUUCAGCUCCAGAGGGUGACUCCACUCUUAAGUACAACACAGUAUCCCAGCCCACACCUGAUGCUGUACCACCAGCCUACAACACUGCUCAGGUCCCCAAUAUCCUCACUGCUGGAACCAUCAACCCCACACCAGAACAGAUCUGCAGGCUGCGCAGUGAACUGGACAUUGUGCGUGGAAACACUAAGGUGAUGUCUGAGAUGCUGACAGAGAUGGUCCCUGGGCAAGAAGAUGCAUCUGACUACGAGCUACUACAGGAGUUGAACCGGACUUGCAGAGCGAUGCAGCAGAGAAUAGUGGAGCUCAUCUCCUGUGUUUCCAAUGAGUCUGUCACAGAGGAGCUGCUACAUGUCAAUGAUGACCUCAACAACAUCUUUCUGCGCUUUGAGAGGUAUGAGAGGUUUAGGUCUGGCCGGACCACAGCUCAGGGCGUCAACAAUGGGGUUUUGAGUGAGGCAACAGAGGACAACCUGAUAGACCUGGGUCCAGGGUCUCCCGCUGUGGUCAGUAACAUGCCCUCCUCUCCGGCGACACUCUCCUCUCGUCUGGCUGGACUAGACAUGGGAGCAGACAGUGUGAGCAGCACCCUGAGCUCUCUGUCCAGCAGCAAACCUCCUCCAGCACAGGACGAUUUUGACGUGUUUGCACAGACCAGAACCGGAGCUCUGCCUGAACCACGCCAAACCACAACAGCAGCAGCAGAGAGCUCGGGUGCUCCUCCUACCCUGAAUGUUGUCCAGCCAACUGCAGCGGGUGCCGGGGGCCAGGCCUCUGUCAUGGAUGACAUAGAGGAGUGGCUGAGUACGGAUGUGAAGGGGGAUGAGGGUGAAGAAGGUGUGACAAGUGAAGAGUUCGACAAGUUUUUGGAGGAAAGAGCCAAAGCCGCUGAGAUGGUCCCCGGACUUCCAUCACCCCCUAGUGGAGAACCAGGCGCACAGCAGGGCACCCCCAGCCGCAAGACAACAGACCGGCCUGAAGACUCGCUGUUUGCCAUGUAGACUCUGACCCGUGACCUCUAACCCCACGCCUACGACCAGCUGAGCAGCAUCAUCCAACCCGACGCUAAACCAUUCACCUCCUCUUUUUAUCACUACAUUCAAACACAGAAAGAUGAAAUCUGAUUGGACGAUUAGGGUCCACCAAUGAAGUAUGUAACGUGUGGAGUCGUGCUCGCUCGGCCUGUCGCGGACUGCAGAGCUUCAAGUUGCAGCUAAUCCUAGAAAAAUAGAGUUUUCUAAAAUAGGCGUAUUUAGAUGGCAGAUAUUUAUUUUAUUCAUUGCCCGACGCAUGCAUCAACACCUGAUCUAAAAUAGACAUUCAUAACCACCAUUAGAUUAUUUCUGUUUUGUCAGUCCCUUUAUUAUAAUUAUACAUCUGUAAAUGGCAAAUGUCAAUAUAUGAGUUAUAUGUAGGGAUGCACCGAUACCAAAACAUUAACUGGAUUGGGUAUCGACUCCAUGUUAUAGGUUAAGGUUGGGCCUUCAAUUUGAUGUAAUAAGGCUGAUUAUUUAUUAAACGUCUCAUAAUGUUUGAACUUUUAUUCAUACAAUUGGAUCUCUUGUGGAAUAAGUUAACUGCGUUUUAAAGAAAAAAGUGCUAUUUUCCGUCCCUACACAGGUAUCAGUUAAUAUCAGGUAUCGGCAGAUACUUUAAAUCAAAGUAUCGAUAUCGGAACAGAGAUGGAUCAGUGCAUCCCUAGUUGUAUAUGAAAGAUUGAUGUAGAUUUUUUGGAUAUUAGAGUGCUUAUGUUCCAGCUGCUUUGACAUAAGGGAUGUAUCUCACAGCGAAAAAGGAGCAUCAAUCAUUUAAAAAAAAAAAGUAAAAGAAGGGAAUGUAUUGUUUUUGGGGUUUUUUUGUUUUGUUUUUAAUCAUACAGAUUAAAUGUAUGUAGACAAGCUGCAGUUAAUAUAUUUGAGAUUUUGUUGAGAUUUGAUUAGCAGGUGAUUUUAUAGCAGGUCUUAAUUUUGCGUGCUGGAGAACACUAUUGUUUGUAUUUAAUCACAAAUUAUGAUUUAGCUUUUUUUAAAUAGAUUUUUGAGGACCAAAAUUCUGCUGCUGAGAGGUAUCAAAUGUAUAAAUAAUUGGGUUGUACAUAUAGAGCUGCUUUUGACCCACGUUUCAUAACAUUAUAUCCGUGGAUAUAUUAAUUCUACAGUCUCACUUCAAAAAAUGCAGUUUGCACAUGAUUCUCUUAUUUCCCUACGCUGACAUCUUGGAAGGUGUGACCUUUUGGAACAUGACAUUUGUUUUCAGAAAUGAGCUUGGCGUAGACAGCACUACAAAUAAGACAUUUACUCCUUACAAUAAUAAAACAAUCACUGCUAGCUUAAAACAACAGUGCACUUUUGACACUUGCCUUUCCCAUACUGUAAAUCCGCAACACCUGUUGUAAUUAUUCACAAAUGAUAGAACUUAUUGAGAAAAUUAUACAGAAAUAAUUUAUUCUGUGCUUUUUUCAGUAUUUUGAAUCUUUUAUUGUAACAAAAAAUAUGUUAUGGGAAGAGUGAAAUAAGUCAUGUUGUAGUGUUUUCUUUUUGAUACGUUGCUGCUGCUGGCUAAUGUAGUUUAUUUGUUAUUGCUUUGUGGGUGUUCCUGUUGGUUUCAGUGUCUCUAUAGUAAACUUUAAACAGAUUUUUAAGGGAGCUAUAAGGAGUGGAACCAAGUAUCUAUCAGAUGAAGAAACCGUUUACACCUGCCUACCUGUAUGGACUGAGCAUACACAACUAAUGAAAUUUACUUUUUGACAAAGCAUCUGCAUUGCACAAGAGAUUCCUGAUUCUGUUUUGUUGUUUUGAUGUUCGAUGUGUGUGUGAUCUCUUCCGUAAAAGGCCUCCGGUCAUACGUCGUGAUAACUGUAAUACUCUGGGUUUCAUUCAGUGUGCUGCUGUCAGUGACUUGUUCCUCACAGAACUUCUCUGCAACUGUCUGGUGUAAUCUCAAUGCUGUAUCACAGGACGGCUGUUAGACUGGACUACACUGUAUGAAGAGACCUGCCCAGUGGAGGCUGCGCUGUGUGACUGCUGCUUUUCCACUUCAUUUCUCUUUGUGUUGUUUGACUUAUGCAUGAACUCUAAUAAAACAUUGGCAGUGUGUGA